UGAUUUCAACACAUGCUACAGCACAUUUUUGGACAACCCCUUCUGCAGACACUGUCGUCUUUCUCACUGACUAAACUGCUGCAGCGAACACUCCAGAGUCCCUCAGCUGUUCUUUGCGUUUCUCAUCUUUCUCCUGCACACCUACAAAAGCUCCUGCGGAUAGACUCCAGCCAUGAACGACGAAGACCAAUAUGAGCUCUUCCUGGAACUGUUCAAUGACAGUAACACGACCGACCUGAGCUAUGUGGGCUCCAAAACAGUUAAGAUCUGUUCGAAGGAGAGUGUCAACUACUUUGGGGCAAGAUUCAUCCCGGUUUUCUACUAUGUCAUCUUCAUCCUGAGUUACUUUGGCAACGGGCUUGUACUCUUCAUCAUCUACCAGUAUGAAAAACUUAACACAGUGACAAACGUCUUCCUCCUGAAUUUGGUCCUUUCCAACAUUCUCUUUGCCACCAGUCUCCCCUUCUGGGCGACAUACCAUCAGUCAGAGUGGAUUUUUGGCUCGUUUCUGUGUAAGAUGGUUAGCAGCGCCUACUUUAUUGGCUUCUACAGCUCCAUUCUCUUCCUCACACUCAUGACAUUUGACCGAUACCUUGCAGUGGUGCAUGCAGUGGCAGCUGCCAAGAGCAGGAAAAAGGCAUAUGCCAUUGUUGGGUCAGUAGCAGUUUGGUGUAUUAGUGUUGUAGCAAGCAUAAAAGAGCUGGUUCUCCAGAAUGUGUCGAAAAAUCCGUUCAGUGGACUUAUGUGUGAGGAGUCAGGAUUUCCUGAAAGCACAAUGGAGCGCUGGCGUCUGGUGAGUUAUUACCAACAAUUCCUCCUGUUUUUCCUUCUCCCUCUGUUCAUGGUGAUGUACUGCUACAUCAGCAUCACUGUCCGUAUCUUGUCUAUCCGCAUGAAGGAGAAGUGCCGCGCCAUCAAGCUCAUAUUUGUUAUCAUUCUCACUUUCUUCGCCUGCUGGACACCCUACAACAUCGUCAUUCUCCUUCAAGCUAUACAGAUUUCCAGCACCAAAGAGGAUGAUGACCUGUGUAGUGAAUCUGAUGGUUUGGACUAUGCCUUGUAUGUCACCCGGAACAUAGCAUUUCUGUAUUGUUGUAUCAGUCCUGUGUUUUAUACGUUUGUGGGAAAGAAGUUCCAGAGACACUUCAGAAGGCUAGUGGCAAAGAAGAUCCCCUGUCUGAAGAGACAUAUCAGCCUCAGCAGCCAGAGCACCAAAACCACAUCACAUCGGACACCACACUCUGCUUAUGAUUACUACCCCGCCCCCCGCCCCCACACAUACACACACACACAAACAAACACACGCACACACACCAAACCAAUGUCAGUGUAAUAAUAUUUGUUUCCUGGGGACUAAGUGCUUAAGGUAACCUUGUUAUUGUAACCCUAACAACUACUGAUCGAACCCUAAGCAUCAUCCCAAUGUUAGCCAAUGCCAAACAUUACUCUAACCUUAAAACAUGUGUUCACCUUUAAAUUGAAAUAUUAACCUUAUGGGUAAUUGUUCAUUUUCCUCAUUAGGAAGACAAGUCCCCAUUUGAUGGUCUAUAAAAAUGUUGGUCUUCACAACAUAAGUCAUCAUUGGUUCGAUUCCUAGCUCCUCUAAUCCACAUGACAAAGUGUCCUUGGGCAGGAUACUGAACCCUAAAUUGCCCCUGAUGAAUGUUCCAGCUGAUGGUGAUAGAAAACGUGGAACAUAUAGUAGCUGCAUGAAUUGAGUGUGAAUGCGUGACUGUGGCUUGUACUGUAAAGUGAGUAAAUCUCACCCUUAAUUAUAAAGAAUCAAAUUGUCUUUAUCAUUAACUGUCUUAGAUCAUUUUGUCAGUGUUUAGAUAUUGUUUAUUCUAUAAAAAGUUAACUCUGUUUGAAAGGAUUACAUGAUUUGGACUUUAUUUGUGUCUUUUUUUGACUAUCUUCAAUUGUACAAACCAUAGCUACUGUAUGCAACUACAAAAUGCUUCUGGCUUUGAUCACAUUUUAUGUAGAUACACUAUGAAUUUGAUUAUGUCAUUAUUGCCACAUGUGCAGAGCUGGUAAAUCAUUGAGAAUGAAAAGGCAAACAUAUUUUGUUUAUGUCAACAAAUCCAAUGAAAAGAUCAAAACCAAUGUAUUGGUCCUCCUCUCAAUACUUUCAAGUCCCAUAUCCCAACAGUGGCUCUCAGCCAAUACAUGUUUCCAAACGGCUCAGAAAUAGAUGGUUUUACACUUUAGAAAGGCUUGAGCCAACAGUGCAUGAUUGUUAUCGGAUAGAGAUAAUGCUGCACAUAAACAUUGGGAGUGAACUGUAUUGUUUUAGUUCUUUGAAUUGUCUGCUGAUGAUUUCAUGCAUGUGCUCCGAACGUGGGCCGGAAUUCCAGUCUUUUUGAUUUGGUGUAUACUGAAAUAAUUUGUGUAUUACCUUUCCAAUAAAUAUGAAAUCUACACUGUU